CGAAAUCUGGAGCAUGACCAAGAAAAUUGUUAAAGGUGAGAAAAUUGUGGCACAUUUUCUGACAUUCAUUGGGAGAGAAGCGUACAGCUUGUUAAAAAAUUUGGCAUAUCCAGAAAAACCUAUCUCACUCCCUUAUGCAACUCUUAACGAGCUAUUGUUAAGUCAUGUAAUAUGCACCAGUUUUGAAUGCCGUGAAAGGGCGAAGUUUCAUAAGAUGGUUCGUCAAAAUGACCAAAAGGUCCGGGAAAUUCAUCCUUGAAUUACAGAAACAAGCUGCCAAGUGUAAUUUCGGUGAUCAACUUCAUGUGCAACUGAGAGAUCGAUUAAUUGCAGGAAUUAACAUACCGAGUUUGGGAAGAGAGCUGUUAAAAAUGCCAAACUGUUCCUUUCAAGAUGCUAGAACUGCAUGUAUUAACUACGAAGCGGUCAAUGAACUUGAUAUCCAGUCGAUGAAGAUUUCUAAUACUUUGCUUAGUCGUCGUGAUGAACUACAGUCUCAGGGUCAAUCAAACUUGCGUUCAUUUAACAGUGAUUCCUAUUCUCGUGUAAAUAUGAAAGGUGUUUCAACGAGGAAUUACAAAGCAAAUCACAAAGGUGAGAUGAAGUUUGGUAAAUGUUUAUCAUGUGGAAAGUUUCAUGCUCGCAAUUCAUGUGUAUUUCGUAAUGCUAAAUGUUUUAUAUGUGGUAAGGUAGGACACAUUCAGUCAGUAUGCAAAGCUACUGUCCAUUUUGCUUCGAGCUGUACUAAAUCUUGUAAUUUAAAUUUCAAUAAUUCGGAUGUUUCUAGUGAUCAUUUAUCUUUGUCUACUAUUUCGAAAGGUAAUGCUCAUAUUCAGAAGCGAUUAUAUACAUCACUUGGUUCAUUUCAUGACUUUAUUCUGGACACAGGCGGUAUAGAGUCUAUUAUUUCAUUCAAGAACUUGAAAGCUUUAGAUCCUAACGUUGUUGUACGACCCACUGAAGUAUCAAUACUGGGGAUUACUGGACACAGACUGCCCAUACGAGGAUGUUGUGAAUUGCUAAUCAGAGAUGAUAAUUUUCCAUACAUACCUUGUGAAUUUUUAGUUAGUGAAACAGGACUGUCAAUACUGAGUUUAAAGAAUUUGGAAAGGCUUAAUGUGGAGUUGUCUUUCCUGGUUCGUGAAGAAAAUUCUGAUACUUUACUUAAAGAUUUGAUAGCUACGUGUGCUAAGUGCAGUGGAGGUAUGAAAAUUCAGCCUAUAAAACUUCAAGUACAAAGUGAUCCAGUCUUUCUUAAAAGACGAAUAAUUCCUUGUGGUUUACGAGAAGCAGUUCAUAAGACUUUAAACGAUUUGUGUUCGAAAGACAUAAUUGAACCGAUUCAGUCUUCAGCAUGGGGUACUCCUAUUGUUACGUCAUUGAAGUCGGACGGCAAGACCCCUGGAAUUUGCGGUGACUAUAGAUUAACUCUGAACUCCCGUUUGUUGAAGCGAACGUGCACGACGGUAGAGGCUGAAGAUAUUCUAAAUCGACUUCAUGGUUCUAAAGUGUUCUCGAAAGUUGACCUAAAAGAUGCUUAUCUUCAAAUCCCUUUAGAUCAAUCUUCAUCUAUUUUGACGACAAUUAACACUCCUUUUGGUCUGUUCAAAUACAAUUUCCUUCCAUUUGGUCUAAGUUGUUCUCCAGCCAUAUUUCAGGAAGUUAUGAAUAAAGUAGUUAGUGAUCUUGAAGGUGUUGAAGUUUAUCAAGAUGAUCUCAUUGUUCAUGGCUCUAAUAAGGUAGUUCAUGACCAGAAACUUAUUGCUUUAUUGCGUCGUUUAAUUGAGAAGAAUAUAACAGUGAAUCCUAAUUUUUCUUGUCGUGCAAAUUGUUUAUUUAUUAUUUUAACAUCCAAUUCAUUCAAAUGGAGUGAGGAACAAGAGUCAUGCUUACGAAGUCUGCUGAAGUUUCUUCAAAGUGAUGCUGUUCUUCGAACGUACUCCCCUAAUGUACAUUCUGUGCUUAUUACUGAUGCAUCACCUGUGGGAAUUGGUGCAGUUUUGGAACAGGAAGGUAGACCAGUUAUUUGCAUUUCACGCAAACUUACUGUUACUGAACACGGUUAUUCACAGACUCAGCGAGAAGCAUUAGCUGUGUUUUGGGCUGUUGAAAGACUUAAUAAAUAUUUAUUCGGAAAGAAAUUCACUAUUCUUACUGAUCAUGAAGCUUUAAAGUUUAUUUAUCAUCCCGAAAAAUCCUUAGCACGUUCCUCAGCAGCUAUGGUUCAGCGAUGGAGUAUUGCUUUGAGUGCAUAUGACUAUACGGUUCAGCACAGAAGUGCCAAACAGAUUCAACAUGUUGAAUACAUUCCUCGACAGUCAUUACAAGAUAAACCUAUUAAUACUUCGGAUUGUUUGUUAGUGCAACCUUUACCAGUGAGACGUUCAGAUCUCAUUAGAGAAACUCGUAGAUAUUUUGGAUGUAUACUCAGUGCUAUAAGGAAAGGUUGGAAUGCUAAUUUGGAACGGAGAUUUCCUAUCUAUUUUUCAAAGCGGGAUGAGCUAUCUACUACUCCUGAUGGUAUUCUGUGUUUAAAUGAUCGUGUUGUCAUUCCUCCUUCAUUGCGUAAAUCUGUUCAUGAAGAUCUUCAUAGUGGUCAUUUAGGUGUUGAGAAAAUGAAGUCCUUGGCAAGGCUCAUAUGCUGGUGGCCAGAGAUAAAUGCAGAUAUAUGUCGUACGGCAAACAAUUGUGAGAAAUGUCAUCAGUUGAAAAAUCAUCCUUCGAAGUGGGUGCCAUGGCCAGUAUCAUCUGAGGCCUGGCAGAGGAUUCAUGCUGACUACUGUGGACCAUUUCUUGGUAAAUACUACGCACUAGUAGUCAUUGAUUCUUUUUCAAAGUGGCCUGAAGUUUUUUUUCACGACUUCAUCAAAUUCUGAUUUCACAAUACAAGCAUUAAGAAAGGUGUUUAGUCGAGAAGGGGUUCCCUUGGUGUUGGUGACGGAUAACGGCUCACAUUUUGCUGCAGAUGCAGUCACUACCUGGUUGAAUGGUAUAGGGUGCAAACAUCUGUUUACUGCUCCCAGACAUCCGUGUUCUAAUGGUCAGACAGAGAAUUUUGUUAGGACAUUAAAGACUGCUAUUGAUUCUAUAGCCCCCUCAACAUUUAAUGAGCUGGAGAGGGGAGUAGAUACCUUUCUAUUGCAAUAUAGAAAUGCCAGACAUUCGGUGACGAAGGAGACUCCAGCGAAGCUAUUGAAAGGAAGAAUUCUUCGGUCGAAUAUGAAAUGUCUGGAGUCUGCAGAAGUUACAUACCAUCGAGGAAAUGAUCUCCGACCAUCUACGGGUAUUGUUCUGAAGAAUGUCGGAAAAUCGAUGGUGCGAAUUCUAGACAUCGAUGACUUAAGUACACACAGUCGACAUGUAGAUCAAAUACAAUUUCAGGUACCAGGUGAGUCAGUUCCAAUUUCGAUUGUUAACUCUAAUGCUAAUGAGCAUAUUCUAGAUAAUACAGAAUCCUUAUCCAAUACAAUGUCAGACAAACUCAGGAUGAAUUUGAGAAGAAGACGUACGAUUGAUUACAAACACCUAGACUCCAAUAUAAGCUGUGGCGGAUGUGGUGUAUGAAUGAACCAAUGAUACAUUUGUACUGGUUGAAUGUUUGAUUUCGAAUUAAAAAUACAGUACAUUCGUUGUGCCUGUGUCUUCUUAAUUCAAUUGCGUUAAUCCUAGAAUUCCUAAUUCAUACGACAAUUUGAAUACUAUACAUCUUCUCGUCCACUUGUUAGCAUAUCUAAGAAGAGAAGCCGGACAUUCUUCUCCUCUUCACAUCACAGGCUGAUGUGAUUUCGCAGAGUAAUAAGUCUACUCAAUAAACAAUUCAUUUCGUCCUUUCUUUCACAGAUAACUAAGGUGUCAUCUUCAUAUAUCUUAUAAACAGACAUGUUUACGACUAGGUCUUCAGCUGGAUUUGCAACAUGUGUUAUGAACACGUCUGCUAUUCAUGGUCUAAUGGAUCAACCAUAGCAACCAGUCGAUCUGGCAAAACUAUUCACCUUCAAAUAUGAACUGGACGUUGUCAGUACAUAAUAGUGCUAAAUCAUUAAGAAUUUUUAAAGGAACAGGUAAUUUUUUCAAGGCUGUUCAAAGAAGUGUGGUCACAUAAUAUAUCAAUAGUCGUUUUCAGAGGUAUAUUUGUGAACAGGAAAUUCACGUCAAAUGAACACAUUGUCUUUCUCUUGAUAUUAAUAUCACAUAAAUGAUCGACCAAGUCAAAAGAAUCAUUCACAGAAUACUUAUAUAAACGUGUUCCAACAGGAUCCAGUAAUUUAGCUCGGUUAUGUGUAGGUGAUCGACACACUGAUAAAAUUGGGCGUAAACAAAUGUUUGGUUUGUGCAUUUUACGUAAUCCAUGUAAAUGACCAUACUC